AUGGACUCGCCAAAAGAGAAUAGAGAAGAUGCUCCAUCGGCAUCGACGAGAUCCUUUGCCCCACUGCUCGUCGAAGACAGAAAGCCACUCAAGCAGGCCACCCAGUUCAAGUUGAGCAAGUUCCGGCAGCGGCUGUGGGACAGGAGACAAUGGAAGAAAGCGUCCCUCACUGCGUGGGAAGAUUUUCGCCAGCGACUAUGGAAUCGCAGGCAAUGGAUGGAAGCCUUUAUCGCUGCAUUCAGAGACAUUCGAGCUGUUCACUGGUACGCAGUCCUAGCAUGGAUAUUGGCUCUGACAUGGAUCGGGGGACUCUGCACUGUGCUGGCCUUCAUUAGCAAUGCUGAGUUGUACGGAGACUCGGCUUGCAAACCGGACGGCAGUUUCGACGUGGAGAUGAACCAAUAUAACCUCUGGUCUUCUUCUGGAUUCUUUCAGAUCACCCUAGCAUGGGGAAGAUUCUCCUUUGCGGAUGCUAAAGUUAUUGAUGUCGCUUGGGAUGUGGUAAGAUGA